AGCAGGAAGCAGCCCUUAGCAACGCUGUCACCUGGACGGCUUGUUUUUGUUAGCUUAGCCUCGCUGCUCUCCGGCUCCAUGGCCCUUGUGUCCGGCUCCUGUGCCCGGGUCAACGGCUCCAGGAGCGGCCCGCCGGUGCCGCCGCCGCCGCUGCCCGGGUCGCAGCCCAUGAUCGCGGUGUGGGAAUGGCAGGAUGACCUCGGCUACUGGCGGCCUUACAGCGGACCAGUCAGCGCACACAUCGAGCGGAGCCUAGCGCCGCGGAGAGGAGGAGGAGGAGGAGGAGGAGGAGGAGCAGGAGGAGCAGCAGGAGGCUCCAGCAUCGUCCUCGGACAGUCGGACCCGAGCCUGUCGCCGUAUCUCAUCGACAUACCGAGCCUGAAGCAGUUCCGCCAGGACACCGGAAAGACACGGUCAGUGCGUCGGUCCCUGUUUGCCCAGUCCUCCGGCCUCGGCAGUGGUGUUUACUGGGAGUGGCUCAACGAUGAGGGAGGAUGGACUCCAUAUGAGACUCGAACCUCUAUCCACCUGGAGCACAGCUACCAGGCCCGCCAAGGCACGGCGGACCUGGGCGCGCACGGAUACAAUUACAUAGUGGACCUCACAUCUCUGGCCCAGGUCAACAAAGGGACGGGUUUCAGGCGGCAGGUCCGACGGCAGUGCAACCUCCCCUACCCGCUGGCCUCCUCGGGGCCCCCGGCCAUCCCGUCGGGCCCCGCCUGCUCCUGCCAGCAGUGUUUGAGCCACAGCAGCACGGGACCCAUGCCCAGCCGCUCACGCCAUUCAUUUUCAUCGGGCAGUCUGACCCGGCCCAGCCUGCAAGCGACUGGAAGGGCCACAGCGGCUCACCCCACUUCUGUCUACUCGCCGUACCCGAGGAGACCCCUCUCUGUGGGGGGGAUGUCCUGGGGCAGCCCCUGGCCUCCUCCGCCCUCUGGUAGUCAGCUGUCCACACCGCUCCUGACCAGCUCUACCAGCGCCAAUGGGCUCAGCGUCCCCUCCAUCUCUGUGCAGCUGAACGGAUCCACCAGUGUGAGCUCUGCCCUGGCAGGCAUGGCCUCCAUUUUGAUGUCAGCGGUUGGACUCGGCGUGCACUUCACCACUGCCCCCCUCCCUCAGCAGCAGCAGCAGCAGCCGCCGCCACAGCAGCAGCCGCCGCCACAGCAGCUUCAGCAGCUACAUCAGCUUCAGCAGCAGCAGCAACCUGCUCCUUUCUCGCUUCCUCCUCCUCUCCUCCCCCCAGCCAGCAGGCCCAGCAAACCCCACAGCAGCAGCAGCAGCAGCAGCAGCAGUUCAGUUAGGAGAGCAAAGAGGCAGCACAGGAGAGCCUCAGCUCAGAGACCCGAGGACGUGAUUCAGCGCUACAUGGAGGUAGUUCCCGGAGUCCAGGAUGAGGACUGCAUUAUCUGCAUGGAUCAACUGUCCAAUCCAUCCGGCUAUGAGACUCAGUCCACAGAGGGGGGGGGGCAGAGCACCCUGCCAGACACCGUGGGGAAAUUCAUCAAAUGUGGACACACCCUGCACAUGCUCUGCAUGCUGGCCAUGUACAACAACGGAACGAAGGACGGCAGUCUGCAGUGUCCCUCGUGUAAGACAAUCUACGGAGAGAAGACGGGCAUGCAGCCCAAAGGAAAGAUGGAGAUUUACAGCAUCGCCCAGUCGCUGCCCGGACACCCCGACUGUGGCACCAUCCAGAUCAUCUACAGCAUUCCACCUGGACUACAGGGCCCGGAGCAUCCAAACCCAGGACAGCCGUUCACCUGCAGAGGCUUCCCUCGCUUCUGUUUUCUACCCGACAACGACAAAGGCAGGAAGGUUCUGGAGCUGCUGAAGGUGGCGUGGAUGCGGCGCCUCAUCUUCACCGUGGGGACGUCCAGCACCACCGGAGAGCCCGACACGGUGGUGUGGAACGGCAUCCACCACAAGACGGAGAUGAUGUCCAACAUGUCGGGACACGGAUACCCGGACCCCAACUACCUGGACAAUGUUCUGUCUGAGCUGGCGUCUCAGGGCGUGACAGAGGACUGCUUCAAGCCUCCGGCCGGCGUUGGCGGCGGUGGUGGCGGCGGCGGCGGCAGCUAGGUCACAGCUCUGAGCUUCACGCUGCAGAAGGUCACAGAGGUCAAACCCACCUCUGUGACCUUCUGCAAAACCUCCGUCUGUUCUUAAAUUAAUUCUGCACAAACGAAGCGGGAGACGUGAGCGAAGCGAGAAGGUCCGGAGGCCUCGAUGGUGGCGGUUCAUCCUCCGCUACAUUCCUGCUCAUCACUUAUUCUGGAGACUGAGCGUCAUCACUCUGAGCCUGUGCGUGUUUUUUAUUUCCAGCCUCCUCUGUCUCCUCUUUUGUCCGGUUACCAUGAGAAUGGCAGCUCAUGUUGGGGAUGAAAGUCUCUCAUUAAGCACUUUAGUCCUGACGGUGCAUUUAGCUGAAACGUGUGAUUUCUCCCCGUUAACCCUCUGAACCCCAAACUGUUUCGGGGGAGGGGGGGGGCGUUUCUUUUCGCUCCGGUCACAUUUUCAUAUCUGUGGCCUUGAAUUUAACUGCAAUAUUAACGUCUUGAACCUCUAUGGAAACAGCAGAACCACGGCUAGAAGUAGAGAGGACUCAAACAUGUCUCUAGUGAAGAAUAACAACCUUACAAUGCUAUAAAUCAUUAAACAAAAAACAAGUUGAACUACUUUGAUAAUUUAUUUAACAAAAAUUGGAAAACACUGGAAUCUAUAUAUCCAACAUGUUUAAGUGUCCACAAGUGUUCACAAUGUUGGAAAUAAAUAUGGAGGCUCUAAGUGCUAUAUAUUGAAUUAUUUACAUUUUACAGCCUCUCCUCUCCUCUCUGCUCUGUGUGCAGCAGUCCAAGUUUCACAGAUUUGUUGUCACAUGACUGUUGGUCUCAGAUGAAUCAAUCAUGGCUUCUUAGUUGCGUUGAGGAGCUCAGAAUUAAAUGUUUUUAACAGAAUCUGGUUAAAGCAAACAGUUUAUGUUUAGCACAUUUUAAAAUGAGACAUGUAGAAUAACAAAAUUUAGGUGAAAUAUCACAAUUUGAAGGUUAGCUUCGGUGGCUUUUUCUGACGGUAGCAUUUGUCCCACAUGAUGUGUUCAAGGACCAACAGAAAGAUGAACAUCUGACAAUAACGAGCUCUGAUAAACGGUGUAGUUUUGGCGGUUGUUUAAAGAAAAACAUGCUUUUUCAUCGGCUGGUUUUGGGGUUCAGAGGGUUAAAGGUCAGUGAACUGGUUUCAGAUUGGGAGGUUAUGCAAUUAAAGUGUUUCUGCUGAAAAAAAACCUUUGUGUUUGGCACAAAGACACUGAAACUUCUGGUAGCAAAGUGAGUUUAUAUAUUAGCCUAUCUGAUGAGAAGAGGCAAGACUUAACUGAUGUAAAAUAAAUUAAAAAAAAACCAUAAAUGAAACAAAAAAAAAAA